AUGUCUCUACCCGUUCUGUGCGUUCUGGCGUACUUUGGGUUUCUCGUCGCACGUGUCUUUUACCGCCUAUAUUUCCACCCACUAUCGCGCUUUCCUGGACCGAGGAUAGCGGCUGUUUCAAGCUGGUACGAGGCCUAUUACGAGAUAGUGUUGAAAGGGCAGUACUCUAGACAGAUUUCCAAGCUACACGACGAGUAUGGACCUAUCGUACGAGUGACGCCUGAUGAGCUACACAUACGAGAUCCUUCUUUUUACGAACAAGUCUACGCCAAGAACCUCCAUCUUGACAAGGAAGGAUGGGACAAAAGGUUUGGCUGUGCGGGCGGCCUCCUUCCCACUGUCAAUGCCGAGCAACACAAGCGACGCCGGGCAGCCGUGGCUCAUAUGUUCUCGCGUCGCUCAAUUCUUGACUUCAUUCACAUCAUUUAUCGCCAUGUCGAUACUCUUUCUGUGCGGAUGCAAGAGUUUGAGGGUUCUGCAGAGCCGCUCAAUCUUUCUCAUGCCUUUCCCGCCCUGACUGGCGACAUCAUCAUGGACUACUUCUUCGGCUUCAACUACAAUCAACUCAAACAUCCCAGUUUUGAGUCCUUUCAUGACGCUUUCAUCAAGAUUGGCGGCGUAGGACACGUCGCUACACAAUUUCCCAUGAUACUUCCGGUCAUGAAUAGUAUUCCUGAUCGAAUCACCGCUUGGCUCCAGCCAGCAGCAAAGUCAAUACUCAAGUUCAAGCAGGAUAACUGGCAUCUCAUUGCGCGCACCCUCCAAGGCGAAGAAAUAAAAUCCAACGACGCAAAGAAAACUAUAUUCCAAGAGAUCCUCAGCUCCAAGCUCCCAGAUUCAGACAAAACACACAAACGUCUUGCAGAUGAGGCGCAAAUCAUCAUCGGUGGCGGCGUCGAAACAACCGCCUUCUCGCUCUCCACAGCAGCUUUCCACAUCAUCAAUACCCCGCGCAUCUACGAGCGCUUGCAUAGAGAGCUCGUCGAAGCCUUCCCUAACCGAGAUGUACUGGAACUGGGUCCGCUAGAGAAGAUGCCCUAUUUCAAAGCCAUCAUCAUGGAGACAGCGCGAAUGUCGUACGGACUAAGUGCAAGAAAUCCUAGGACACAUAAGACACCCUUGAAAUAUGGACAGUGGGUGAUUCCCGCAAAUACCUGCAUCUCCAUGACUAUUCCUGACGUCUCGCACGAUGAAACGAUUUUCCCUUCUUCUCACGAAUUCAUCCCGGAGCGCUGGCUCGAUGAUCCCAAGACGCCUGAGGGUAUUCCUUUGGAGCGCUUCAUGGUGUCGUUCGGGAGAGGAACCAGAUCUUGUUUGGGCAUCAACUUGGCUUACAUCGAAUUGUACCUCACUUUGGGCAUGAUGUUCAGGCGAUACAAGUUUGAGCUAUAUGAGAGCGAUGUCGAGGACGUUACACUGGCGCAUGACUUCUUCAUUCCCGUGGCAAAGCUGGACAGCAAAGGGUUGAGAGUUUUGGUCAAGAGAACGGGAGACUGA